AUGUUUUCCAAAACACUGCUUACUGUUUGCCUUGCCGUCCUGGCCGAAGCUCGCUUCGGCCAAGAGCAAGUCCCCAUACAAGCCAUCUCGGACGUCCAAGGCGGCGCCGCCGGCGAAGCCGCCACCAUCGCCGGCGCCGCCGUCAGCGACCUCCUCGGCGGCGCCAACGCGUGCGACAAGCUCCAGCGCGCCGACGAGAUCGUGGCCAAGCUCGGCACGGGCGCCGAUGCCAUGCAAGCCGCCAUCGGCAUGGUCGCCGCCGAGAAGAACUUCAACAACUUCGUCGCCGACAAGCCGACCGUCUGCUCCGACCCGACGCUGCCCACCACCCAGGCCCUGCGCGGCAUCACGCCGCUCAUCGACCCGGGCGUCGGCGGCGCCGACGUCGCCAACGCCCUGUCCGAGAAGACCAAGGCGAAUCCGUUGGACGCGGGCGGGCUGAGCGUGGCCGACCUGCUGCAGCAGAACGGCUUCAGCAACUUCACGGCCGAGGACGCGAGCGGCGCUGCUGCUGCUGCUGGCUCCGCCUCGUCCUCCAGUACUUCCUCUUCAUCCGCCGCCGCCAGCUCCGACGCCGCCGUCGCCGCAGCAGCCAACACAUCCUCCUCCUCCUCCUCCUCCUCCUCCUCCACAUCCAACACCACCACCACCUCAUCCACCACCACCAACAACAACAACAACCAAAACCUCGACUUCGGCGCCUGCACCCCGACCAUGAAAUUCGCCGGCGGCCUCAACGGCCGCCCCGCCGACGAAUUCACGUUCCAGGCCACGGACCCGCUCGUCGCAAAGGGCCAGCAGGAGGCCCUCAACCCCAACAUCAUCACCAACCGCAUCUGCGACCAGCUCACCAACGUGUGCGACGCCGCCGACGACGCCAAGGCCGCGUGCGAGGACGCGAAAGCGCAGAUCGAGGCGCUGGGGACGAGGGAUCAGAGCACGGCGGAUGCGUGGAAUGAGGCGCUGGGGUUUGGUGGUGCGGCGGGGGCGGCGAGGAAGAUGGUGGUGAGGGCGAGGGGGGUGAGGAGGGCUGGGAGGGCUGGGAGGAGGGGUGGCGUGCGCGCGUGA